UUAACAAGAACGUCUAAGGAACACUCAAGACUCCAUUCUGUCCUCCUCCCACAGAGCAGACUCCAGGACUCACUGACUUGAAUUCCUAAACCAUUCUGCUGAAGCCACAAGGACCCCGUUCCCUGGGGAUUCCUUGCAUUGACCAGACUUCGUGAUCCUCCCAGACACCAGCAUACCAUGGCCAAGAGGGUUGCUGUGAUCGGCUCUGGCGUGAGCGGACUGACCUCCAUCAAGUGCUGCCUGGAUGAGGGGCUGCAGCCCACCUGCUUCGAGAGAAGCGAUGACAUCGGGGGGCUCUGGAGGUUCAGAGAAAAGGUAGAGGAAGGCAGAGCCAGUAUCUACCAAUCCGUAUUCACCAAUUCCUCCAAGGAGAUGUCGUGCUUCAGUGACUUUCCAAUGCCUGAACACUUUCCAAACUUCCUGCACAACACCAGAUUCCUGGAAUAUUUGAAACUGUACGCAAAUCGCUUUGAUCUUCUGAAAUACAUCAGGUUCAAGACCACAGUCACCAGUGUAAGAAAAUGCCCGGAUUUCUCUACCACUGGCCAGUGGAUUGUUGUCACUGAGAGUGAUGGGAAGCAAGAAUCCACCAUGUUUGAUGCCGUUAUGGUGUGCAUGGGUCACCAUAUAGAAUCCUUUAUCCCGGUGCAGUCUUUUCCUGGUAUCGAAAAGUUCAAGGGCCAAUAUUUCCACAGCCGGGAGUACAAGAGCCCGGAAGGAUUUCAGGGGAAGACGGUUGUGGUGAUUGGAAUGGGGAACUCUGCAUCGGAUAUUGCUGUGGACCUCUGUCAGAUAGCCAAACGGGUGUUCAUCAGCACCAGAGGAGGCUCAUGGGUAAUGAGCCGGGUCUACGAUGACGGCUACCCUUGGGACACUGUAUUUCACACCCGAUUUAGCAAUCUGAUCAGAAGUAUCCUGCCUUGGCCACUUUUGAAACUGGUGUAUGAACAGAAGAUGAACCAAUGGUUUAACCAUGAAAACUACGGCUUGGUGCCUCAGAACAGAGCCCUGAUGAAAGAGCCAGUGUUCAAUGAUGACCUUCCAAGCCGCAUCCUCUGUGGCAGUGUGAUGGUGAAGCCCAUUGUGAAGGAGUUCACCGAAACCGCUGCCAUCUUUGAAGAUGGGACUAUGGAGGAGAACGUGGAUGUUGUCAUCUUUGCCACUGGCUACAGCUUCUCGUUCCCCUUCCUGGAGCAGUCAGUCAUCAAAGUGGAGAACAACGAGGCUCCGCUGUACAAACAAGUCUUCCCCCCUACUCUGGAGAAGCCAACGCUGGCUGUCAUUGGCCUCAUACAGCCGCUUGGGCCCAUCAUGCCUAAUGCAGAGCUGCAGGCACGCUGGGCCACAAGAGUCUUUAAAGGGCUGACUGAGCUGCCCUCCAAGAGCACUAUGAUGACGGACAUUGUCAAGAGGAAAGAGAAGAGGAUCAAAUGGUUUGGUACCAGCCGCAGCCAGACGUUGCAAACCGAUCACAUUGAAUAUCUGGAUGAGCUCGCCGAAGGCUCGGAUGCGAGACCCAGAAUCCUUCCGCUGCUCCUGAAGGAUCCCAAGCUGGCCCUGACGAUUUACUUUGGCCCCUGCAGCCCCUUCCAGUUCCGCUUGACCGGCCCGGGGAAGUGGGAUGGAGCCAGAAAUGCCAUCCUGACCCAAAGGGCACGGAUCAUCAAACCCACAAGAACGCGCGUGUUGCGCGACUCUUCAAACCACUCCCUGGUUUCAUAUUUGCUUAAAAUCUUUGGUCUCCUUGCUCUCUUCACUGCAAUUUUUGUUAGUUUCCAUUAGUCCUGAGCUCUCAGCAAUGUGAUGUGAUGCUCUGCCCACUAUAGAAGGCUUUCCCUUAAAAAUAACAACCUCCUUGCCAUAUACCAGUCCAUGGGUCUGAUCCAGAGAGGUGCUGAGCAUCUGCAGAUGCUGACUGGUGCUAGCGAACAUUGUGGGUGCUCAUCAUCACUUUUUAAAAUCAGCCCAUUUGAUUGGAGCUCUCUAGCAAAGCUAUGGGUUGAGAUUUUUCAAAGCAGGCUAUAUAGGAGGUCAGACUAGAUGGUUGGGUGGUCCCUUCUGGGCCUAAACUCUGCUCACGCAGCUCCCAUUUCAAUUAACGCAAGGUUGUGUUCCUAAAUCCCUUAGGCAGCUUCACUUUGAUCUGUUGAUUUGGGCUCUGUUUAAAUGCUGAGGGCUUGUCUAUACACAAAAGUUGUACCCCUUUGACUGUACUGAUAUCAUUAUAACAGUACAACCCUCAGUGCUGACACAACUUUCGUGGAAUAAGGCACCUUUUAUGCCACUGUUGCUGCUUCCUAUGUAUGGGAAGGGGAAUAAUCUAUACUGUUAUAACUGCCUCCACACAGGCGGUUGUACUGGUAUAACUAUUUUAGUAAACAGUUCCUCCCUUACCCAACAUAGUUAUACUGGUACAAAAGCUGGGAGUAGACUAGGUCUUAGCGUGAGAGACUGUUUCUGUUACCCCAAACCUCCGCAUUUCAUGUUUGAAAGCAAGAUCUGGAAUGACAGUAGGGGCAGAAACACAGACCAGGUUUUGCAAGCCAGCAAUUACAGACCAGUCCCUAUCAAUAUCUGUACAGACCAGGCCCUCUCAAUAUCUGUAAGUGUGCUGUGUCCUUCUCCCUGCAAUGCAAGAAAGUGAGGCCUACCCUCUAAAUUUUCUAAUUAUGCAUUUAGUUUGAACCUAAAGUUGGACCUGAAGUGGAGCCUCAAUCAACCCCAGCCAACUUCAAUCAACCCAGUCAAGAAAUCUCAGUCCAGCCCAGUACUGAAAGAGGCUGGGUGGAGUUUUCAGAAGCACUCAGCAUUGGCCUAACUCUCUUCCCACCGAAGAGAAGGAUAAAACUCCCUUCUUGCACAAGCUGACUUCUCAAAGGCCUCUCAAUCCAGGGCUGACGUCUUGGGAUUUCAGAGACCCAAAUGAAGUUCACCUUCCACUUUAACCCCCAUUAGCUUUGUCUGUCAUAAAACACCUGAUUGACCAACAUACCGGGCCACCUCCAUCACUGCAGCUCUCCAAUACUUAGACAAAAAUAUUGUGGGAAUUACACGGUAGCAAAGCUGCCAAAUGUAUGGUGGGUAGGAUAACUCUUGUAAUCUAUUCUGGCGCUUCCAUGAUUCAUGCGCAAUGUUGCCAGCUACUUGGCCUGCUGGGUAACUUGCUUCUUGUUUCCUGAGAAAAGAUACAACAACAGCUUGAGUCACUCAUCAGCUAGCCUGUUAAUAAAGGGCCAGAUUCUCAGUUGAUAUAAACAGUGUCUGGCUCAAAGCCAUGGCAAAAGCUGUACUUUUGUUAGUGUGGCAUUACUGAUGCUAUAUUCAACGCUGAGAUGGGAGGGUUUUUUCAGGACAAAUCUCUAUCUCUGGUUGCUCGGAAUGGAUUGUUUUCAGGCUGAAACUUGGCAAACUCCCGACUCGGUCUGAAAACAUGUUUUUGGCAAGCUCGAAAAAUGUCAGUUUGGUCAUUUUUUGUUGUUGUUAAUUACAGGAACAUAAAACACAAGUUCAUCUGAGUUCAAGAUGCAUUUGGAGAGACUAGUAAUUGAAAGCACUUUGUUGUAAGUGUAAAGGGAUGUGUGGUUAGUGCUUAUCAAGGGGCCUAAUUGUUUUGAUUGUCUUAAAAAAAUACACAAAUUUUUAAAAUUGACUGAUACCUACUCCUGAUGGUUGAUGUAU